AUGCAUUUAGACACAGCAGCCUUGGAAUUCAAGGCGCCGAAAGUGGUGAUCAACGCCGAAACCUACUUGACCCCAUUGAAGAAGCAGUUGUACGAGGAAAACGUCCGCAUCAACGGCUUCUUCAAGAACAACCAAACCGUCAAGUUGGGCGGCAAGAGCUACAAGUUGAAGUUGACCGCUGAGGAGAUCAACGCGGUCGAACCAUCCAUCUACCUCAAGUCCUUCCGUAUCAAGUCCACCUGGAAGAAGACCACGCUUGUCAACAGAAUGUUGGGCGGCUUGUCCCUCAAAGACGCCAUCACCCAGUGCCACUUCAACACCAAGCGUGUGUCUAAGCCGAUCGGUGACUUAUUGGAGACCGGUAUCACUCACGCUGCUAAGAUGAACUUGAACCCGGACGACUGCUACGUCGACCAGAUCUGGGUCGGUAGUGAUGGGAGCUGGCAGAAGAGGCUCGACCCGAAGGGGAGAGGAAGAAUGGGGAUCAUCAGACACAGAUACGUACACGUCAGAGCCAUCCUCAAAACCACACAGACGACUAAGAGAAUCGUGUGGGAAAACAGAGAGAAGGAGCUCAGAAAGAGACCGUGGUUCGGGUUGGACAACUCCACCAAGAUCAGAAAUAAGCCGAGCGGGUGGUUCAAGUGGUGA